ACCAGUUUGAGUGAGAGAGGAAAAAUUAAAUUUAUCAAAUUUUUUUAUUCAAAUUUUUUAUUUAUUAAGAUUUCAAUUACUUAAUUCAUACAAAGGGCAGACAUAGACAAUAUGAAGUUAAACAUUUCUUAUCCAGCCAAUGGUACUCAAAAGAGUAUUGAAAUUGAAGAUGAACAUAAAUUACGUCCAUUUUACGAAAAGAGAAUGGGUCAAGAAGUUGAAGGUGACGUUGUUUCUGAUGAAUUCAAAGGUUACAUUUUCAAAAUCACCGGUGGUAAUGAUAAACAAGGUUUCCCAAUGAAACAAGGUGUCAUGCAUCCAACCAGAGUUAGAUUAUUAUUAGCUAAAGGUCAUUCUUGUUACAGACCAAGAAGAACUGGUGAAAGAAAGAGAAAAUCAGUUAGAGGUUGUAUUGUUGGUCAAGAUUUAUCUGUUUUAUCUUUAGCCAUUGUUAAACAAGGUGAUGCUGAUAUUGAAGGUUUAACUGAUUCUACUACUCCAAAAAGAUUAGGUCCAAAAAGAGCUAACAAUAUUAGAAAAUUCUUUGGUUUAACUAAAGAAGAUGAUGUUAGACAAUUUGUUGUUAGAAGAGAAGUUUCAAAAGGUGAUAAAUCUUAUACUAAAGCUCCAAAAAUUCAACGUUUAGUUACUCCUCAAACUUUACAAAGAAAGAGAGCUCUUAAAUCUAAAAAAGUUAAGAAUGCUCAACAACAAAGAGAUGCUGCUGCUGAAUAUGCUCAAUUAUUAGCUCAAAGAUUACAUGAAAGAAAAGAAGAAAAAUUCGAAAUCAGAAAGAAGAGAGCUUCUUCAAUUAAAUCAAAUGCUUAAAUUUAAUUUAAUAUAAUUUCUUCCUGUUAUUAUUAUUAUUAUUCUUUUUAAUCUUUUCCCUAUUUAAUUACAAAUCAAUCAACUACCAUCCCUAUCCCAUCCCAUCCCAUCCCACAAAAAAUAAAUCCGUUUCCUGGUUUCAUUAAUUCA